CGGCAUUCAACCUUGGCCGGCCAACCAACAUCACAGUUUCCUUUUCUUGACGACAUAUAAAAAUCAUAGCGUGUCCAUUAGUUUCCAUUUCUUUUUAUUUCCGUUUCCUUUCAAAAGAACUAUCUUUUUGACUCUUUCUUUCUCUUAUUCUGGGAUUUGAUCAAGAUGAACGACUUACUCACGGAUUCAUUUGUUGGUGAUGCCGAAAAACCUCCCAACAAUAUUGAUGUUGAAAUGGGGAUGCGACUUCCACGGAGUAACUCCGACAUGGGAAUGGAAGCUUUCAAUAAGGAGAUACGAGAGGUUGAGAAACAGGUUGACAAGGUCUCCGCACUUCUCAAAAACUUGAAGGAAGCUAAUGAGGAGUCAAAGACUGUGACAAAAGCAUCCGCCAUGAAAGUUAUCAAGAAGCGAAUGGAAAAAGAUGUUGACGAAGUGGGUAAGAUUGCACGGACUGUCAAAGCCAAACUACAAGCAAUAAACAAAGAUAAUUUAGUCAAUCGACAGAAACCUGGAUGUGAAAAGGGAACUGGUGUCGACAGAGCUAGGAUGAAUGUUACAAAUGCCUUAACAAAAAGGUUCAGGGACUUAAUGACCGAGUUUCAGACUUUAAGACAAAGAAUCCAAAAUGAGUACCGUGAAGUGGUAGAGAGAAGGGUCAUUACAGUUACAGGAACCAAACCAGAUGAAGAGACUAUUGACCACCUGAUCGAAACUGGAAACAGUGAGCAAAUUUUCCAGAAGGCAAUUGAAGAAAUGGGCAGAGGACAGGUGCGAAAUACUCUAGAAGAGAUCCAGGAGAGACAUGAUGCUGUGAAGGAAAUUGAGAAAAAGCUACUUGACUUACACCAGAUUUACCUCGAUAUGGCUGUUCUUGUUGAGGCCCAAGGAGAGAUCUUAGAUAACAUUGAAAGUCAGGUGACAAAUGCAGUGGACCAUGUUCAAAGUGGUACUGAAGCUCUUAAAGUUGCAAAGAGUUUACAAAGAAGGUCAAGAAAAUGCAUGAUGAUUUCCAUAAUUCUACUCUUGAUCAUUGCAAUUAUAAUUGUUCUUUCUAUUGUGAAACCUUGGAAGAAGUAACUAUAAGAUUAGUGUUUUAUUGUUACAAAUUGCUUUAUAUGUCUAAUAAUUCUCCCUCAAUUUAUUUA